AUGAAUAUAGCAGCCGUGAGACGAUCAAACAUGACUUUUAACGCCAUCACCUGGUACGUGUUGGUGUGGUCACGGCAUUUUCACACUGAAUGGCCAAGGACACGCAUUAAUGUGGGUCUCCUGGAUGUCAUCUUCAUUAUUAAAGGACAAAUCUCAUCUACGGGAGAUAAUCCUUCUGACAUUUUCAACCGCGUGAUUCUUCCUAUCUCGGUGGAAGAGUACCAAGUGGGCCAGCUGUACUCGGUGGCCGAGGCCAGCAAGAACGAGACGGGCGGCGGCGAAGGCGUGGAGGUGCUAAAAAACGAGCCUUAUGAGAAAGAUGGCGAGAAGGGACAGUACACGCACAAAAUCUACCACCUGCAGAGUAAAGUUCCGUCAUUCGUCAGAAUGUUAGCGCCCGCCUCAGCCCUCAACAUCCACGAGAAAGCCUGGAAUGCGUACCCGUACUGUCGCACAGUUAUUACUAAUGAAUACAUGAAGGACAACUUCCUGAUCAAGAUCGAGACGUGGCACAAACCCGACACGGGACGCAUGGAAAACGUGCACGGUUUGGACGGAGACACCUGGAAGAAGGUGGACGUGGUUUAUAUCGACAUUGCGGACAGAAGCCAAGUGGAUUCGAAGGACUACAAGUCCGAAGAGGAUCCCUGCAGGUUUAAGUCCAUGAAGACCGGACGAGGCCCUCUAGGACCAGACUGGAGGAAGGAGCUCCCCAACAAGAAGGACUGCCCACACAUGUGUGCCUACAAGCUGGUCACGGUCAAGUUCAAGUGGUGGGGCCUCCAGAACAAAGUGGAGAACUUCAUACAGAAGCAAGAGAAGCGUUUGUUCACCAACUUCCACCGUCAGCUGUUCUGCUGGAUCGACAAGUGGAUCGACUUGAACAUGGAGGACAUCCGCCGCAUGGAGGAGGAGACGCGCAAGGAGCUGGACGAGAUGAGAGUGAAGGACCCGGUCAAAGGCAUGGUGGCGCUAGAGGACUGAGGUUGGCUCUAGACUGUGAAUGCUGCUGCUCAUCAGACGCGACUCGGAGACACCAGCGGAUUCACAUCCUUUCUUUCCAACACGACACUUCCUCUGUACUUUUCAGGACGUGGACAAAAUGUGUUUUUCGUCUCCAUUGGCUGCACGGAGGCGCCCAGUAGAACACCCCUUCCCCCCCAUAGGUCCAUUGAUUGAUUGAUUGAAUGAUUGAUUGAUCGGUUAGUCAUGUCUGUCAGCAAUGUAGGAUUUCAUGAAUAUUACAAUCUUGUACAUAAACAAACACAGUAAGUCAUUGUAUUGAAUAAUGCAGUAUUUAUAUAUACUGUACAUAUAAAUAUAAAUAUAUAUAUAUAUAUAUAUAUACAUAUAUAUGUUAAAAGGGUUUUUAAAAUUAUUUUGAGUUUAUUCGUAGACUUUUUAUUUGUUCUUCCUCAAAUUGUUUCUCCGCCGUGUUUUUCUUUUUUUUUUUAAUUCCUAUUUCAUAACGUCGUCUACGGAGGUUAAUUUGUUUCUUUAUUCCGGAAAAAAAAAAUGUUGACCCUGAAAUUUAUGUAACUGAACUUUUCGCAUUUAAUUUAAGCUGACAUUUUCAUUCAAAAAUAAUUAAAAGUUAAGCAAUUAUUUGUGUAAAAAAAAAUAAUUGUCUAAAAAUUAAUUGGAAAAACAUUCACUGUAUAAAAAUUACUGUAUAAAAAUUCAGUGUAAAAAAUUCAGAAUACAAAAAUAACUGUAAAAAACUUAAUUGUACACAAAUUCAGUGCGAGCAUAUUCUGCAUUAUUUUUUGGACACUGAAUUUUUAUACACUGAAAUGUUUUUGCACUGAAUUUUAUACACUCAUAUUUUUACACAAUAAAAUAUAAAAAACUAUAUUUUGACGAACUGAAUUUUCAAAAACACAGAUUUUACUCAGAAUUUUGUUUAUCAAUAAAAUUGUCAGCAUAAGUAAAAGUAAAACAAAAUAAAUAAAAAAAUCAGUUACAUAAAUUUAGUGUAAAAAAAAUGUUUUGUGAUAAAGACACAAACUAACCUUCAUAGUCGGUAUUUUAGUUCCUUUUGUGUCACAUCGUGUUUGCCUUGUGGAGUGUGUAUGUGUUAGUGUGUGUGUGCGCGCGCGUGUGUGUGUUUGUGUGUGUGUGUGUGUUGACGGGAGGUAAUAAAAAAGCGAGGAAUGACCGACAAGAAAAACGACAACGUUCAUCAAUUAAAAACCUUCAGCCUGGUUUCCACUGACGGAGGGUACCACUUUUGGUAGCAAGCGCAGUGAAAAGGGGGCGGAGCUAGGCGUGCAGUGUGUUGAUUGGUCGCGGGGCAGGAGCCACGUUCAGCCCACAGCUUUGUUUUUUUAUUGGCCCUUCAAAAUAUAACGAUAAUUUAAUGAGAUGAGAUAUGUCACUUUGUCGGUUAUAAUGAAGUUAUUGUGUUCAUUUCAAAUAUUUUAGCAUAUAUUUAGCAUCUUUAAUGUACAACAUUUAAACCCCAUUGCCAUAUUGGAUUAAAUGACUCUACGGGUGUUAAUUCACGUUUAAAACUGUAUUUAAAAGUUUUCAACUUUCUUUUUAUUUUUUAUUCUCGAUCCAUGACUUGUUAUUCCCAUUACAUUGCGGCCCGGAACCAAUUAACAGCGAUAAACAAGGGAUUACUGGAGUACACAAUGACUAAACACAAGCAAAAACUACCAUCGACUAGUUUUUUAAAAUCCUCAAAGUCCUUUUGUGUCCAGAAAAUUAGUCCCAGACUUUGUAAAGAAUAACAAAAAUCAAAAACCGAUACUACCCUUGGUAUCGACAUUACCGAUACGUGUAUGGAUCUGCCUUCCCUUUACACAUACACCACUGUUAUUUUAUCGUCUCUCUAACUAUUAUUGCUCAUUUCAAGUUAAUAACUGCUUACUUUCUUAUUUUUUUAAGUUUUUUUUAGCAGCUAUCUUAGCAAUUAGAAUGGCUUCUUGUCUACUCCUGCUUGCUCUUACUCAGUGUGUGACAUGUUUAGCCUUGUCCUCCAGUGAUAAUACUACUUGAAUGGAAAGUAGUUGAUCAUUCAUUUAGUGGAACGGCUCCAUACUGUGUAUGAAAACACAAAAAAGUAUUACUACUUUUUCUAUUAAACCAAUCCAUCGCCACAUCUCUAGUUAUUAAUAUUAUUUUAUCUCUUUACAUUACAAAUGUUCUUACUUUAUUUGUGGAAUAGCCAAUAAAAACAAACCAAACAUCCCGUGGGCCGCACCUUGGACACCUGUACGGUUUUAUCAGCGCUCCAAACCGGACGUCUCGGUGGAAACACAGCGCCCUUCAGUGGACAAAAGUUCUUAUCCAAUGAUAGCAAUAACUGCCAUGAGCCCUUCAAAAAGUCACAUGGUGCUGCUGUUGUUUGUCAUGUGAUGUGCAUGAGCGUGUACGUGCAUGAGCGUGCGUUUAAUGGCGUGACGUGUUGAUGGGGGGUCUCCUUAGCCCUCAUUUUUUAAAUUUUGUCUUUUAUUGUUCUGUUUGUUCCCGUCAUUCCCUGCAUUGUCACACUAGAAACAUUGACAAGCAAAAAUAUGGAAUUAUAAAUGUAUAUACUCAGUACAUGACACACACACACACUUAUGGAGUGAAAUCACUGCCAAAACUCCAUAAACACGCAAAAAUGGUUUGACUCACGCCCAACGAUUCGCAAGUAUAAAAACAAAUUUCUCUAAUUAAAAGUAAAAUCUUCAAUUAAAAAUAAGAUUCGGAAGUAAAAAAUUAAAGAACAAAAAACUAUUGUCUGCAAUUAAAAAAUGAUUGACAAGUAAAAACUAUUUUUUUAAAUAAAAAAACGAUUAUAAAGUAAAAAUUUAUUUGCUUAGUAAGUUAAAAAAAAAUGUUUUAAUAAAAAAAUAUUUUUUACAUAAAAACAAAACAUUCGUCAAUUAAAGAAAUCAUUUUUAGCAGCUAUAAAAACAAUUUUCUGCAAUUUAAAAUUUAAUCUUCAAUUAAAAAAAAAGAUUCGGAAGUUAAAAAAAAAGAACAAAAAACUAUUGUCAGCAAGUAAAAAAUUAUUCGCAAGUAAAACAACUUUUUUUUCAAUAAAAACACGAUUCCCAAGUAAAAAUUAAUUUGUUUCAAUUAAAAAAACAAUUCAAGUAAAAAAAAUGUUUUAAUAAAAAAAAUUUUUUUACGUUAAUUAAAGAAAUUAUUUGUAAUUAUAAAAACAAUUUUCUUCAAUUAAAAAUUAAAUCUUCAAUUAAAAAAACAAUUCCAAAGUUAAAAAAAAGAACAAAAAACUAUUGUCUGCAAGUAUAAAAUGAUUCGCAAGUAAAACUACUUUUUUUUUUCAAUUAAAAAAACGAUUGCGAGUAAAAAUUAAUUUGCUUGAAUUAAAAAAACAAUUCAAGUAAAACAUUUUUUUAAUAAAAAUACAUUUUUUACGUUAAAAAAAAACAUUCUUCAAUUAAAAAAAAUAUUUGUAAGCAUAAAAACUAUUUUCUGCAAGUAAAACAGCUUUUUUUUCAAAAUAAAAACUAUUCUUAAGUUAAAAAAAGUUUUUCAACUGAAAAAAAUAUUCUCAAUUAAAAAAAAAGGUUCCCAUUAAAAAUAUAAUUGCAAGUGAAAUAAAAGGUUUUAUCCAAUCAUAAAACGAUUCGCAAGUAAACAAUUUUCUUUAAGUAAAAAUAUUCUCAAAUGAAAAAAACAUGUUCAAAUGUAAAAACGAUUUUCUUCAAGUAAAAAAAAUAUUUUCUGCUAGUAAAAAAACGAUUCUCAAAUUUAAAAAAUAAAGGUUCUUCAAUUAUAAAACGAUUUGCAAGUGGAAAACAAUAAUAAUAAUUUCUUCAAGUCAAAAUCUUUAGCAGUAAUAUUCCACACUUCGGAACCCACACGUAAUUCCCACUAUAAACAACAGGUGGUGCUGCUGAGUCAAUAUAAGUCAGAGCUACUGUUAUGUGCGCAUUGUGCCGCCCGCCAAAAAUAACAAGGAAGAAGAAGCAGGAUGGGGAGUAAAAUGGCAGGCAGAAGAGAGAGGAAACAAGCUCAACCUGUAAGUUAACCAUUACGUUUUUUUACUUUCCAAUAGUUUUUUUUAAUGAAGAAAAUAUGGUUUUACUUGCGAAUCGUUGUGCGUGAGUAAAAACAUUUGAAUGUGUUUGUGGAGUUUUUGCAGUAAUUUCACUCAAGAAAUAUAUUUCCAUUAAAAUACGUUAAUAUAUUUAUUUAUGGAAGCCGACGUCCUGCUCUCAUAAAAAGCUGUUGAUUGUCCGCCAUCUCUCGGGACAUUCUUCCCUUUGUCACCACAAGAGGCGCUGUGGCGCGUCCACGGCAGGACACCGCCCUUAAAAAAAAGAUCCAACAUAAUCCAUAUUUUAGUUGUAAAUGUCGUCGUAGCGAUGUUGUGAGUCUGCGCGAAGAGGGGAAGGAUCACUUGAAACAAAACGGUUAAGAGCCACCAAGACGCCAAACAUGGAAAAAAAAAAUAAACAAAGACGAUUUUCUUGCUUCUUCUUGGACUUUUUCUCUCUCUCACUGUACCCUCUCCCCCCUUUGUUUGUUUAUUGUGGAUUUGUGCCUUUUUUGUCAUCUUAUAACACAAACUGUACAUUGGCGACAUGAAUUAAAAACUAAGCAAAAAAAAAAAAGGAAUUUAUUAUGUUCUUAUGAUGUACUUCUAUUUAUACUCUAGAAUUGGAACAAAUAAUUAGAAGUGCUUUAUAUGUGACUCAGCGCACACACACACACACACACACACACACACACACACGGUUGUGCAGUGAAUUAAUCAGGCUUUGGUUGACAAAGAUUACGUUUAAACCCUGAUUACGAGUUCAGCUAUGCGUUUUUGUGAGACGUUAAUGACCCCAAAAAGGCUUAAAAAUGUGUUAUUUCAGUUUUUAUAUUCAUACUUUUUAUUUUGGAUUUAUGCCAAAAACGCUAUUUAAAGAUCCUCUAUAUAUGACAGGAUCUUUUUGCUGGGUUUAAAGACUUGCUGAACAAAUAACUCAACUUGUCAAAGAUCUUGUAUAUAUGACAGGAUAUUUUUGCUUGGUUUAAAAACCUGCUGAAAAAAAUAAAACGUGUCAGAUCGUGUAUCAAUGACAGGAUCUUUUUGCUGGGUUGAAAAACCUGCUGGAAAAAUAACACAACUUGUCAAAGAUCGUGUAUAUAUGACAGGAUCUUUUUGCUGGGUUUAAAAACCUGAUAAAAAAAAUAACACAACUUGUCAAAGAUCUUGUAUAUAUGACAGGAUAUUUUUGCUGGGUUUAAAAACCUGAUAAAAAAUACCACAAC